AUGAGAAACCCCAGUUGGAUUAGAAAGAACUGGCUUCUUGUGGCCGGAGUGACUUUCGUAGGUGUCCAUCUUGGAACAUACUUUAUACAGAGAGCUGCAAAAGAGUCUGUGAGGUCUCAGUCCAGAGACAAACAAAAGAAUAUUGAAGAAUGAAGCAAAAUAAACACUUGAAAUUAAUGUCAUUAAAUUAAUAUAUGCUGGUUAUUGUCUGAAAACCACUUGAUUUUAUAGCUGAUAAUACUAAAUAUGCAGGCUUUCACCCAUGAAGAAUAGUUUUUAAUGUUAAGACAUGUGAUGGUGCAAUAAAUGAAAAACAUGUAAACAAAAUAAAGCUGCCUGUACAAGUUCCACCUGAA